GGGAAGUCUUAUCGUGAAGUUCAUACCAUAUAACGGUGGUUCUAUUUUCAUUUUAAUCAAAUAUUGAUCAUUAAUUCUCUUGGUGAUUGUUAGAAAAAGCUUCACACUUUCUUCCGAAAAUGUUUCGAAUGAAGAAGGAUGUUGACCGACACGUGAAAGACAUUUUUGUUAAACUUAAAAGCUCAGAGGAGAAAAAUCUUCGGUGUUACAAUAUUGCAAAGUUAUAUUACCAAGUUGGAGACUAUGAAUCUGCAAAAAAGUAUGUUUCUAAUUAUUUGGAAAUAAGAGAUAAAUCUGCAGGAGCUCAUAAAUUAUUAGGUCAAGCUCUUGAAGCUUUAGGGCAGAAAGAAGAAGCUUUUACACAAUACAAGAUAUCUCUUGAAUUAGAACCAAAGCAAUAUGAUCUUGUUUUAAGGGUAUGUGGAUUAUUAUCUGACAUGGAUAUUAAUAUAGAUGUAAAUAAAAUUAAAUAUUGGGUAGAAAGAGCUGACCAGAAAUUUCCACAUCAUCCAAUAGUGUUUGAGUUGAAGGAAAAACUGUUAACUUCAGGGACAUCAAGUGGUAAUGAUGAUGAUUUGGAAAAACUUAUUACCUCUGAAUUAUCAGUAAGACAAACAGAUGUGAAUUUACAAGUUAAGCUACUCAAGCACUAUAUGGGAAAUCAUAGGCUUGAAGAUGCCUACAACCAAGCACUUGGAAUAGAAACAACACACAGUAACAGGAAUAAUAUUAUUUGGUAUCAGUCAUUAAGUGAAUUGCUUGUGAAAUAUAAAGAGAGUGAUCAGUCAGAUUGGACAUUCUGGAUAUUUUAUAUUUCUGUGCUAGAAAGAUAUGCAGCACUCUGUCUUAAAGAACAGGGUAACAUUGUUAAAAAAAGUAUAUCAGAUGUUACACAGGCAAUAUUUAACUUGGAUCAAAGCUUAACUGAAUUUCAAGAAAUCUACUUUUCUAAUCAUCCUGCUUUUGUUGAACAGAUGUUAUUACAUAUGUGGGCUCAGUUACACUUUCACUUAGCAUGUUUAGUUUUACGAAAAACUAAAGCAGGAGAAGAUAGUUGGUCUGAAGCAGGAAGGUUAUGUGGACCUCUUUUGCUAACUGCAUUAAACAUAACACCUAUAAAUCCCACUGCUGUAUGGACUAUGCAUUUGAAAGAUCGGUUUAAAAAUCAAGUACACGUAUGGUAUAGAGAAGGAUCAUACAGAUGUAGUCAGGCUGGUCAUGUACUUCAAGAUUACGCACGAGAUAACACUAAAGCAUUACUGGAUAAAAUUGGCAAAUUUUGUACAAGUUCAUGGCGGGAGCGGGUGUACCAGAGAAUUUUUAUUGGUAGAUUAUAUUACGAUGGUAAAAAAACAUCAUAUUUUGCAAAUUCUUCAAUUCCAAGUCUAACAUUACGUUUAUGUACGUUUAAUGAAUUAAAACGAUUUGAUGAAAUAUCGGAAGAAGUAUGGCCAGAUUCGUUGCACCAUCAAGUUUGGCUUGGUUUAAGAACUCGACCUCAUAAUUCGCAAAAUAAAGACAACGGGCCUCAUCCAAAUCAAACGUCACGCGUGUUUUGCGAACUACAAUUUUCCGUUUAUAACCUGCAUCAGGCAGCACCCGAUAGUUUAAGUCGUCUCGAUGUCGACGCAUUUUUAAAUGCAGCUAUUUUUUGUGCUUCUUCAGUAAUUGAAGAGCAACAAUUAAGGGGGCUCUCAAAUCCCGAAAGAUUGCCCACAUUACCGGCAGAUCUGACUAAUACUCUUUGUACAUGCGCUCAAGAACAAUGGUGGUGGUAUGCUUAUAAAGUAUAUUCCAUGGAUAAGCAAAAACCGCUUGACGAAGAUCUUGGGGAAUUGAGACUAGAAUUACAGAGGGGUUUAGAAGUAGUUCGUUGUCUCGGAAACCACGGAUUACAUCCGAUUCUUUUAGUUCAUUUAGCACGAAUAUUUCAUUAUAGGGCAGAAAAGUUGAAAGAGACUAAUCCAGAAAGUAGCGAUAUACCAGAUUUAGAAGCACGAUACGAAAUGUAUUGGUCAGCUGCGAUACCGCUUCUCGAAAGAUUGCAAAAUAAUCAAGUUAUACGUGUAACGAAUUCCAAAUAUUUCAAUUAUCAAGGAAAGGAUAUGAACAAUGCGGAAUUAAUUAAAGCUCUGGAAGAGGGUAAAUUACUCCUCGCUCAGCGAUAUGUACGAGACAAACAAUACGAAAAAGCGAUCGACGCUUUACAGGCACUAAAAUGUCCAGAGGCUUCGUUCCAACAAGGCCAGAUGUAUGAAAAACUUGCAGACGAGAUUUUUAAUUCUAUACCUAAGGAAAGUUUAACAUCUGAAAUGAGAUCGCAACAUAUAAUUAUGCUUUCCAAAGCAAGAGAAUGUUUUUAUCUAACGUUGGAUCGUUUACGUAGCCCAGGAACAAAUCCAAGACAUCCGUUGAAUUUGGAACUCUCCACGCAUAUUACCGACAUCGAAAAUAAAUUGAAAAGGAUCGACCCAGAUCUCUCACGGGGUGAUUUAAGUAGAAACGAGUGCGACGGAAUGUCAGAAGAAAGUUACUCCUCUGCUCAUAGUGCUGUCGAUCAAGCAGUUACAAACACAGUAUUGCCAACGUUGACAGAAUUAAGUACUUCGAUUAAUAUUCUCAGUACACCGCAAAAAAAUGUUCAUCGUACACCGAAACAGUCUAGCACUCCGUACAAACCGCAACAUCAAGAGAUAUUAGAUUUAUCACGGAAUCGUUCUGAGGCACGCCCAAGUCCCGAACGUCUCGAUGCUCAAAUUCGCUCAAUAAAUCAAAUAAUCCAUUCAAAGGACAGUAUGAUACAGUCAAUAACAGAACAAAAUAAAGCUAUAUUAGAUAUGAACAAAACGGUAAUGGAAAAGGUCGAGAAGCUGGCGAAAGAAGUGGCAGAACUACGAAAAGAAAUUCAAAAGCAGCGUACGCAGACAGUUAACGUUAAUCCGAAUUUGGAAGAAGAUUUAUGCGUAUUGAACGAAGAUGAUUACAACGACUUGAAUUAUAACGCAAGUCAGACUGGUCCUGUGUCCUCAAUAUCUGGGAAUAUGUUUCAAUCCUCUCACGGACAUCCCUAUUCUCAAUUGGUAUAUCCUUCGGCUACCUUCCAAGGAUAUUACCCAUCGUUUAGCGAUCCGAACGCGCAACCCAUUCCUUCUUUGUAUCCUCCAAACGUGUAUUCCAUGCCGGUAUUAUAUCCUAAUGCCAGAACGAAAAUAGCCGAUAACAUUCUUCAACAGGGCCUAUUUAUGCCACCGGCAAAUCAACCAUUGCAAAUUCCACUUCAAAAAGUAGAAACGUCGAAACCCGAGGCAAUUAUAAAAGAUGCACUCGUGAACAAAAUGCCCCCAGUUAACGUUGCCAUUACUACCUCUGAUACUCUUCCGACUACAGUACCGGUUGUUCAACCAACUCUUAGCGUAACGAUACCUCCUCAUUUCAGACAAGGAAACACUUCAACACCGGUUCAACACGCAGAAUCAGUUAUUCCUCAUUCUUAUCAAAUUUCUAUGCCAUCUCAAGCUACUAUACCGACAACGGUCAAUUUACUACCAUUAUCGAAUAUUCUCACAACGACACCCGCGAAUAUUUCCAUGUCGGAUACAACGAAGCAAGAUGCUAUCAUUUGUUCGACCGAAUCUACAAACAGUUCGGAUCCUGAUCACGAUCCUAUGCCAGAUUUUGUUCCUGUUAUACCAUUACCCGCAGAAGUGAAAGUUACUACCGGAGAAGAGGGUCAAGAGACGUUGUUCUGCGCAAGAGCGAAACUUUAUCGUUACGUAGAGAGCGAGUGGAAAGAACGUGGUACCGGUGAUGUUAAACUACUUAAAAAUGAAGAAGGAAAGGUUCGCUUGCUUAUGCGUAGGGAACAUGUAUUAAAAGUAUGCGCUAAUCAUUACCUCGUGCCAGAUAUGGAAUUAACUGCUAAGUCAAAUAACGAAAAUGCAUGGUUCUGGGCUGCGAAUGACUUUGCCGACGGAGAAUUAAAAUUAGAAAAGUUCUGCAUUAAGUUCAAAACCGUUGAAGAAGGCCUGUCGUUUAAGGAGCAUUUCGAUAAAGCUAAAGCAAGUCUCCCUUCUCAGAUCUCUGACAAAGUAGUCGAAAAUACCAAUAAAACGUCGAGCAAAGCUGUGCCGCCAGCUAAUGCUAAGAAAUCAGAUAAGGCAAAAUCCGUUCAGUUUGGUACUGGACAAAGUGUUGUCCAGAAACAACCUGCCGAAGUAACAACAACUACAGAAACUGCUACAUCGGAGAAAGUAAAAACUGCUGCUACAGCCGCAACAGUUGUCGGUGGAUUUUCGUUCACAACAACGCCAAUUAUUCAAAAAGUAGCCACUACCGAACCUGCAAAAGUUCCUACUAAACCGGAAGUCAGUCCUUUCGCUGGUUUCACGUUUAACAAGAGUGUGACAACCGGUGACAGUUUUGUCACCACGACACAGAAAAACACGACCGCUGGAACUACUACCGCUGCAUCUCAGUUUACCUUUUCAUUUACAAAGACAGCUACACCGUUGCAAUCGGGAGCUACAACAGUACCAACUACUGCUAGCAUUCACACUACACCAAUAUCAAGACCUCACGCUCCUGCACCGAGUGUUUCAGCACCUGCUGUUGUUGGAGUUCAAGAUACAGAUGCAUUUGCCUUACAAACUGAACAAGAAGAUAUAGUACUGUUCAGCGAAAAGAUAACUCUUCAGUGCUAUACCAUCGACACGAAACAAUGGGAGAACAGAGGUAUUGGAGAAAUGAAAGUUCUGUGGAAGUCAAAGACAAAUAAGAUCCAUUUGUUAAUGGUAGACGAGAACAGUUCGAAGGUUUGCUACAAUUACAACGUUCUAGCUAAUGUGCCGUUUAGUUUCAAAAGCGGUAGCAAUACGACUGUCUAUUGGGAUAUUCCAUACGAGUCAGGUAAUAAAACGGGAAUGUUAACGUAUGCGGCAACAUUUAAAACGGCUGCUCAAGCAUGGCAAUUUAAUAAUACGAUCGUUAGUAACCAGCAAAAGAUGGUGAAAGAUUGUAUUAUCCGGGAAAAUUUGACGAAACAAGAAGCCCCACCACAAGCUGCCCAACCAAGUAAAACUCAGUGUUCCUUGUCUGAGAUGUUUAAGCCACCAGCAGGCUCGUGGGAAUGCAACGUUUGCUACACGAGAAACGAUGCAACGAAAAUGAAAUGUGUGGCCUGUGAAACACCAUGUCCCUCUGCUACCAAUAAAUCAAGUACUUGUUCAACUAAAGCCGACCAGAGUCAAAUACCGCUUGCGCAAAUGUUUAAACCACCCCGUGGUUCGUGGAAAUGUAAAUGUUGCGAUAUAGUAAACGCGGCUGAGACUAAUUACUGUGUAGCCUGUGACACACCAAAAGACCCAUCUCUUCCGCCUAAGCCGAAAACUGAUGGUUUCAAGAUCAGCGCAACUACCACCGGUGUUACACCCACAUUCACAUUUGGUAUUCCCCAAGAUACCACCAAGAAAGGUACAACUGGAUUUUCAUUCCGUUUAUCAUCCUCUAACGAUGUUUCUACGGACUCGAAAUCUGGCUCUCCGGCAGUUACAGAAUCUGAUACAAAAGCUGAUACGACAGAUUCCUCGUUCGUUUUUGGAUCGCCAGGAAAAUCGUUUGGAUUUAAUUUCGUGUCAAAAUCAUCGCCAACAAAGUCUGGCGGUGAAGAGAACAGCGAGGAAGAGGUAGUGGAGAGCGAUGAUAUCCACUUCUCACCGAUAAUCCCGUUGCCGGAUAAAAUAGAAGUUAAAACAGGCGAAGAGGACGAAGAAGUUCUGUACAGUCACAGAGCAAAAUUGUUCAGAUACGACAGGAAUGUGAGUGAAUGGAAAGAACGUGGUUUGGGAGACAUCAAAUUGUUACGGCACAAUGAAACAGGCAAACUGAGGCUGGUAAUGAGACGUGAACAGACAUUAAAGCUCUGCUUGAAUCAUUUCGUUCUUCCAAACUUGAAAUGGAAGCGAAAAGAUGAAAAGACGUGGACGUGGAAUGCUGCUGAUUACAGCGAUGGAGAAAUCCAACAUAUCCUCGUAGCUUGUCGCUUCAAAACGUCCGAUAUCGCAAAAGAUUUCAAAAAUACAGUUGAAGAUGCAAUGAAGAACAUUUCACAGGUUGAGAAAACGCCCGAAAAGGACAUCGAAGUUUUAUACGAAAUGAAAGUAUCACCUGAGGAGAAACAAGCGGCAUUGAAUUUACAGCUUCCAGAAAACUUUUACGCGUACAGACAAAAGCCAGAUUGUCCUGGAUGUAGAGGCUGCAAAGAGCCAAGUGAACCAUUGUUCCAGGAUGGGGCAGAUUCCGGAAGAGCAGCGUCGAAAGCAGUUGUAGAGAAUCAAAAGCCGCCAACCGGUACACCUGCAAUCUCAUUCCUUCCAAAAUCUACUAACUUAAGUAGCUCGAAUAACGAAGUCACGGCCACUGUUCAAACACCUGUUUCAAGUAUUGGGACUGGUGUGCAUAGUACAAACACCGCACAAUUUACAACAAACACUGUUCCUGUAACAACUGUAUCGACUAUAUCAUUUGGAAAUACCGACUCAACGAACAAUGAGAAAACUGGUUUUUCAUUUGUGAUGCCACAAACUCAAUUUAGUACAAAUGAGACGCAGAAAUCUGCGACCGAUAAGCAAAAUACUUUAACAUCCGAGAACUUGAAGAUUUGCAGUCCUAUUAUUUCUCAAACACCAGCAACAACAGCCACGUCGUUUUCAUUCAUGUCACCAACAUCUACAACAUCUGUAACGUCCAUAUUCGGAGCGGCUAAGGCAGAUAAUAUCGGAAAGAAUAUUUUUGGCGGAGCGUCGAAGAAAGAGGCUCCUGUGAUAAUUAAGCCUAGUUCGCUCAAUAUCGAUGCAAACAAUACUGAAUCAGUAUUUUCGAAUAGCUUCGGUACUCAACCAAAAACAACUACAAGUACUGCGAUCUCGACCGUAUUCGAUACUGCUACUCCUGUUUUCGGAUCUUCUAUGUUAAAAACUACUUCUGAAAGUACCACCGACGUUGGUACCGCAUCUGUGUCCGUAACGACGACAACCGCAAUGAGUGUGUUUGAUACGUCUGUUAAAUCGACUAAUUCAGUAUUUACCAAUACUACGGCAUUCACAUUUAAUCCAUUCUUCGGCGCGCGUGUAAAUACACCUUCCUUUACAACUUCCAAUCCUACGACCACUAAUGCUUUCGAAACAAUAACACCAGCGGCAAGUGAACCACAAAAAGAGAAAGAGGGCGAACCCGCCUUUUUCCCGUCAACAGACGUAGACUUUUCAACUUUAGCUGCUAAAAGUUCUCAGCCAGUUUUCAAAACAGAUCCAAAUUUCUCGUUUGCCGGUGCUGGGGCGGCUGUAUUUGGUUCUAAAUCGCACGCGGCUGCUAAUAAAUCCGCACAGAAAUCGAAAGAAAGCACAGAGGAAAAGAAAGAGGAGAAUGAAAAUGAAGAGGGCGUUCAAGGUGAUGCUGAUUAUGAUCCUCAUUUCGAACCUAUUAUACCUCUUCCUGAUGUCGUCGAAGUACGCACUGGUGAAGAAGACGAAGAGAAAGUAUUUUGUGAAAGAGCUAAAUUGUACAGAUACGAUAACGCGGCACGUGAAUGGAAAGAAAGGGGUAUUGGAGAAAUGAAAAUUUUACAUCAUGUUGAACGUGGCACUUAUAGAUUACUAUUGCGACGAGAACAAGUUUAUAAAGUAGUGUGCAACUUCUUGCUUACACCAGACAUCAGCUUCAGUCUACUCUGCUCGUCGGAUCGUGCUUGGAUGUGGGCAGGCAUGAAUUAUAUUGAAGAAAAGCCAAGUUUAGAGAAGUUAGCAGUUAGAUUUAAGAAUCCAGAACUGGCAACACAUUUCAAGCGUACUAUCGACAAAAUCCAACAAACACUAAGCGAAGGCAGAGAAAAAAGUACAGAGGAUAGCCCGGUAGUAGAAGAACCGGAGGAUGACGAAAAUGAAGAAGCAGACGAAGUAGAAGAUAAAGAUGAAGAAGAGGAUGUCAAAGAGGGAGAAGUGGAGGAAGAAGAGGAAGUCAAAGAGGGAGAAGUGGAGGGAGAAGAGGAAGAAGAAGAAGAAGAAGAAGAAGAAGAAGAUGAGGAAUAUGACGAUGACGAGAAGUUUAUUACUUUUGAAAGAAGAGUUAUGUUCCUUACUAAGAAAAGUGAUGAAAGUGAUUGGAACCCUGUAGUAGUGGGAAAUUUAAUUAUUUAUUUUGACUUUAAGAUCUUUGGCAAAAAAAAUAUAAUAUUAAAAGCCGAAAAAACAGAUGAAAUUAUAAGCAACACGAUUACUACUAUCGACACUAAAAUCGAGGUUAACGGAAGACAAUGCGUUUGGACGGCAAUCGAUUAUGCCUUAAUACCACCAACGACGCGUACUUUAUGUGCAAUUUUUUCAUCAGUCCAAGACGCACAGGAAAUGUACACGUCCUUGCAAGAAGAAGUGUGCAUGAAGUAUGCAUAUCAGGCAGACAUGAAUGAACCAUUUUACAAAGAAUAAAUUAAAAUGAUUCUUCAUAUUCCUUGUAAUAAAGU